CACGUGUUUGACUCUCGUAUAAAAUAAACAAAUAGAGCGAGGCAUUUCCUACAGGCAUUCAAUCAGAUCAGAGCAAGCAUCCAGUGAACAACAAUGGUCGGUUUACUAAGGCUAAACAUGCAGCAAGCUUUCUCUUGCGCCAUUUUGUUGCUUGUUGUUCAAACGGCCUGCGCAAAGAAAAAUGAUGAUCUGAGCCAUGAACAAAACAACAACUUCCAAAGGAACAAUAGUUCAGGAAAGAGCGACACUGACACCACCGAAACUCAGAGCAUUAACCGACGACAAGACGGGGGUUUCGAUUUCAUGAAAUAUUUCAUAGGCCGCGGGCAAGAUGUACAAGAUGAUGAAGAACCUGCUCAGCAGCAGUUGCAUCAAGUUCAGCAACCAUUGUCUGUACAGCAACAGCACCAAUUGCAGCAACAAAUACUGAAGGAACAGCAAAGGCGCCAACAAGAACAACUUCUACAACUCCAGCAGCAACAACUUGUAACUCUUCAGCAACAACAGCCAGCAGCUACUUACCAGCAAGUUCCUCAGAGUAGAGAUGGCGGGUAUGGAAGUGGUAUUUCAAUCGGAAGUGGUUACGGCGCCCCACAGCCAAAAGAAAUUGCAAUUAGCAUUGGAGGUGGAAAGCCAGUUUUGCAGAUUGGUAAUAUCCUGAAGAUUCUGCCACGUAUCAUCAAUGUCUUAAGCGCCGGUGGAAAAGUCAUGUUUGGUGUUGAGCUGGGAAAUAAUUUCUAUUUUGGUCCAGUUGGCGCUAAGCCCUUAGUAAAAGGUUAAAUUUUUAAAUUAUGGGGAAGAUUUUUGUUUUAUAUUCGUAUACAUGGUUUGAAUCCCAAAAUAUGUACAUAACAAAUGAGAAAAUCAACUAUUUAUUAUAAUUAUAAAUGGCUUUGAUGAUUGCAUAGCAAGUUGUGAGAAAUAUACAGGCAAUCAAGUGAAUGAAAAUAUUAUAUUGCUGAGCUUGAAAUCAUCCUUUUCAGAGAGUUUGCAUGCAAAGUAUCUCGUUUAGUUGCGAAUUAGUUAGUAAAAAGUAAAUGCCAAUUUUAAUGUUUUUAAGUGAAAAAUUUUGAUGACUUUUCUACAAAAAUAAUGUAUUUUAUGAAUUUUUUAAAAUACCUUUUUAGUUACUUUUAUUCUAGACUUUUUUUCAAAUUUUAACAACCUAAUAUUCAAAACAAGAUUACAGAAUUUGUAAAAUACGUUAAAAGUACAUUUGUUUGAGUAUUCAAGACUUGAUAUUGUCUAUGCGAAGGAAAAUAAUCGAUGUGCUCUUGGCGAUUCGAUAUUUUGCAUUUGUAUCGACAAUAUGGUAGACUGAAAACGAUAUAGAAAUGAUUUGAAAUCUAAUUUUUGAAUAUCCAAUACUCUUUCAAAUACUUCAAACAGAACAACGGCUAAAUUUUUAGUUUUGUUUAGAAAAUAUAAAUAAAUUUGAUGAUCAGGUUAAAAUGAAAAACAAAUCGAUAAUAUAAUUCUUAAAAAAUGGGAAACUUUUCUAGUGAAUUCGUUACAUUAAUACAUUAAGCAUUAUUUAAAAGUUUCAUUAUUCGCAACUGGUAAAAUAUUUAAAUUAAUAUAUUUAACUGUUUUACUACUUUUAUGUAACCGGUAUUAAGGUAUCCACAAACAACCAUAAUGGAAAAGGUAUCUUUUUUUGUUCGCUAAUUUAUUAAUACACUCAUUAAAACCGAGCAUUCUGUAUAUGGAGUUUUCAUUGUAAAUAUGCACAUAUAUUGUACUUUUGUAUAUUUUUUGUAAAUUAUUUAUAAAUAAAAAUGUAUAUUUACAAUCUUUAAAA